UUCCCUGGAGAGACGUGACGUGGCAAAUGAAAGCUGACAAUGAAGGGCUCAAGCAGAGGCUGUGGGACCUGGAGAGGGUGCUGGAGCAGGCAUGGGAAGACAAGCGAGUCAUUCGUGAAGAAGUGAUCUGGCAAUACCAGGAGCUGCAGAAGCAGACAGCAGCCCACAGCUGCCCACCCUCCCCUGCGCUGGUGACACAGUCCACCAGGCUCCAGGAGAGCCAGCAGACCCAGGAGACUGCCAACCAGCCACCAGCAGAGAGGGACAGGGCCAUCGCCCAACUGCAGCACUGGCUCUAUACCAUGGAAUGGGAGUAUGAGAAGAUCCUGCACAUGAGUGGGGAUGUGGCUUGUAGCCUGGACCUUGUGCUGGCCCAGCUGGCAGGGCCCAGCCAGUACUGGGAAGAAGUAGCAACGACCUUCGCCGUGGAGCACAAGGAGUGCCUACAGGAGUUCAGCCUCAACCCUCUGGAUAUAUUUAGCACCCUGGAACUCCUGGGACAGGACAGGCUCUCGGCCCCUACCUCCCUAUCAGCAUUCUUGGAUAGCUUGCCACACACACUGCCCAAGACCUCAGCUGCCCUGGGCUACGUAGGAGAAGAUGGGUCGUGCCUGGCCCUGGGAUGCACUCACUGA